AAUGACGUAGAUGUUUAUAAGUUAAUGAGACUCAGCUGCUGGGAAACUGAAGAGCAGGCUCGGUUAAAGAGACGCGUUCGCUGGCGUUCGGCUGAAGAUGGGUUCAGAACGGCUGCUGUUGAUGAUGUUCGCCGUCGCUGCAGCGGCACAGAACGAUGUGUCGGUGGACUGCGGCCGGGACUCGGUGACGGUCCGCUGGAGUCCGGUCUCUCCUCAGAAGCCGGAUCCGUCCAGAGCUCUUCUGGGAGCCUGUCCUCCGAGCUCGAGCUCCGCGGAGUCCGGUCACGAGCUGCUCUUCUCCUCGUCUCUGCUCGACUGCGGCUUUCAGCGGAAGGUCACUCAGGACCGGGUCACUUACAGUAACCUGCUGACCUACGACCGGCGGCCGGCGGGGCCCUUCCUCUCUCGCUCCGUCCAGUGCGUCUAUGAGCUAGCUGUGAGCGGUGCUGAGGAAGAGGAUGAAGGAGUGGUGACCUUCAGCUUGGAGCUCAUGAACAGUGAUUUCAGCGCUCCGGCCGAGUCUCUGCGCUUCCGGCUGGGCUCCGCUCUUCAGGUCAGAGCCGCGGUGGAGUCUCGGAGCCGCAGGCCGCUCUGGAUCUACAUGCAGAGCUGUAUAGCUUCCACAGAUGCAGACAUUGGCCGCGCCGCUCGAGUACAUCCCGUCAUCAGCAACGACGGGUGUCUGAUGGAGAGUAAAUGGGGAAACUCCAGCUUUCUGCCGAGGCGGCAUCCUGCUGAAAUACGCCUCCAUCUCCAAGCCUUCAAGUUUGCUCUUGGACAGAAAAUCUUUCUUCUCUGUGAUCUGGAGGCGUGGGAUGUCCAGCGCAUCGACCGGAGAGAGUGUCACUACAUCAAGCAGCAGCGCAGGUGGGAGCUGCUGGAUGAUCGGUCUCAGAGCUACAUCUGCUCUUCCUGUGAUUCCAGUUUCUUCCAGAGGACCGAAGCAGAGAGAGGCAUGUCGGCUCACAAAGUCCUGGGGCCGUUUGUGAUGGAGGAGGAAUCUCUGGAGACACAGUCAAGCAGCGAGCGUGGUCUCAGUGAUGUUCCGGUCUGGCUGAUGCUGCUGUUGGUUUCGGUGGCGCUGGGGACUGUCAUGGGUGCUUUAGCCAUCAGUUAUUACCUGUGUUUCUGGAGAGGAGGACGCUUGGGCUACAGGCCCAGCAGAGAUCUUCUCACCAAAUACUGACUCUGAGCUUCACAAUAAACCUGCUGAAGUGA